AUGGGAACGGCGAAGCUGCGAGAGCGCACGCAGCUCAGGCUGUCCGUGCUGCCGCCGGCGUCGCCACCGCCGUUCAUGUACCAGGAGCACCCGUUCGGCGCCCUGCCAUCCUGGCCGCCCGGCUCGCCCGACCCCGUCAUCGACAGCCUCACGGAGCUCGAGAGGGUGGGCGUCCUCGGCCACGGCGCGGACGGUACGGUCUACAAGGUGCGGCACCGCCGCACGGGCGCGGAGCUCGUGGUCAAGUCGCUGCGCGUGCGCGACGACGGCGGCGCCGCGCUCCGGGAAGCCGACGUGCACCUCCGCGUGGCCGCCGCGGCGCCCGACCAUCCGCACGUCGUCCGCCUCCACGGGGUCUUUCCCGGGAACCCGGCCGCCUGUAGCGACCAGCAGCUCCUGCGCCUAGUCCUCGAGUACGUUCCUGGCGGCUCGCUCGGCGACGUGCUCCGGCAGUGCGGCCGCCUCCAGGAGGACGCCAUCGCGGGCGUGGCGCGGCACGUGCUCUGCGGCCUGCGCCACCUGCACCGCCUCGGCAUCGUCCACGGCGACGUCAAGCCGUCGAACCUCCUCGUCGGCCGCCACGGCGAGGUCAAGAUCGCCGACUUCGGCGCCAGCCGCCACGUCCCCAGCGCCGGCGGCGCGCAACGAGCGGCCGGCGCCGAGGGGACGUGCGCGUACAUGAGCCCGGAGAGGCUGGACCCCGAAGGUUUCGGCGCGGCCUCGCCGUCGGGCGCUACCGACCUCUCCAGCGACGUGUGGUCCCUUGGAGUGGUCCUCCUAGAAUGCCACAUGGGCAGGUUCCCGCUGGUGGCGGUUGGGGAGAGGCCGGAGUGGGCGGCUCUGGUGGUGACCGUGUGCUUCGGGAGCGCGCCGGAGGUGCCUGUGACGGCGUCGUCGGAGUUCAGGGGCUUCGUGCGGCGGUGCCUGGAGAAAGACUGGCGGAGGAGAGCCACAGUGGACGAACUUCUCGGGCAUCCCUUCGUCGCGGGGGUGCCGCCAUGUUGCGCCACCACCACCACCAACGAGUGGCUCACCAACUUCGAUGACGAACUGAUGACGGUCGAACGCAAAGAACACACCUAA